AUGGCUCCUCAAUUGUUCACUACCGAUGCAACCAAUACUGGCUCUACCAAUCAACCUACCAUAACAUCCCAACAAUCUUCAUCGCCAAUAGAAUCAUCUGCUGCGCCCUCCGACGUAGAGUCGACAUCUCCUUCACCCAGUCCAUCAAGUGAUAACCAACAAUCCGCCUCCGCCUCCCCAUCUCCAUCCCCAUCUUCCGACCCUUCCCCUUCGCCCUCGAAUGUAGAAUCCUCGGCAUCCGUCUCGCCAUCCAGCUCACCUAGUCAAUCUCCCUCGCCAAGCGCUUCGGAAUCUGCGUCAGCGUCGCCGAGUCCAAGUGAAAGUGCCAGUGCAUCAGAGCAGCAGAGUUCGUCAGCUAGUGCGACGCAAUCGCCGAGUCAGAGUGCCUCGGAGUCAGCUUCUGCAUCCGCUUCGCAAUCCGACGAACAGAGCUCUGCCCAAUCAUCCACUACCACAUCCAUCAACCAACCUUCCCUCGUCUCAUCCACUGCCGAAUCAACCUACACCUCAGCUGUCCAAGUGACCACGACCGAUGCCGAGGGUCAUACUGUCACGACCGCUCCAUCGCUGCUGACAGAGACAGCCACGUCGACUGACGCGUCAGGCCAAGUCUACACCAUCACGAGAGUGGUUCAUAACCCCUCUGGAUCGCUAUCAGCAAGUGGAAGCAGCAGCGAUUCGGGGUUCUUCAGCAAUUCCGGUGCUGUGGCUGGUACGUUCGUAGCUGUCGGUCUGGUCAUAACAGCAUGUGUGAUCGCAUUUGCAAUUUUCAUGCUACGUCGUCGUCGAAGACAGCGUCUAGAUAGGGAUGUAGCGGCUGCUGCAGCUGCAGCAGCAGUGGCCGCACAUCAUUCGUCUCGUUCUGCAUUUGAUGAUGAUGAAGAACAACAACAACCUUCAAUGACUCAAUAUGGUGGAUAUUACGCAUCGACAACUCCUGGUAUAGAUAUUCAUGGUCAACCUCAACCUGAUCUAAAUGGAGGUUAUCACGAUUACGAAGAUCCCUCCGGAGGAUAUGAUCCAUAUGCUAUCAAUAUGCAGAACCUAAAUCCUCAAGAUAGAAUGUCAACUGCUACGGCACCUGGUUUGGCGGGAUUCGGAGCUACUGCUGCUCAGCAGAAUUACGAUCAGUCACAACACCAAUAUGAUCAUGAUCAAUAUGCCGACACACCCGAUUACUCCCAGCCACAAUCACACGGUCAGGAUGAUCAUCAGCAGGAUGGUGGUAAUACGAAUGGAUACUAUUUCGACCCGAAACAGGCAUACGAAUAUGCAGAUGAUGAAGAUCCAUACGGCGGAUACGAUCAAAAUAGAUUGUCAAGUCAAGGACCUGGUAUGAGACCGCCCAGACCAGGAAGUGCAGGAAGUGUCACUAGACCAGGUGGCGAGGAGAGGGGGCUAAGAGUCGCCAAUGUGUAA